AUGGAUAGCAUGAGUGAGGCAUUUGAUCAAAUGCAAAUGGUCAAGGAUGUUCUAGCCAACAGUGAUAAAGUUUCAGAGGUCCUACAAGAGUCUACUCAUCAGUUCAACCUGCUUACUUCACCCACCUUCCUACCAAAGGUCAAGGAUCAAGGGAAAUUCACUCUCCCUUGCACACUUGGGCAUCUUGAGAUUGACAAUGCCUUAGUGGAUUCUGGAGCAAGCAUCAAUCUGAUCUCUCUCUCCAUGGCAGAGAAGCUAGGCAUAGCUGGAGCCUUGCAGCGCCCUACUACUUCAAUCAUGUUUGGAGAUGCAACUUCUAAGUCUCCUCUUGGAGUGUUCAAGAACUAUCACUUGAAAAUUGGAGAAUGCAUCAUCCAAACUGAUCUCACUGUGAUGGAAAUGGAAGAAGAGAAGGAUUUGCCUCUGUUAUUGGGAACCCCUUUCCUUAGUACAGUUGGCGCUUCAAUUGACUUUCACAAGCAAGAAGUGAUCCUUCACAAGGUGAAUAGUUUGGUGUCAUAUCGCUUGCAGCCUAGAGGUUCAGACUUUUGUGCCACAAUUGACAGUACCAAUCUCAGUUCUAAGAGUCAUGGAGCUACAAAGGUUGUGAAGGAAAGGGUUGACAAGGAACCAAGAGUUGGGAAGGAUAAGGAUGAGAGAGGACCAAGGAUUGAGAAGCCACGUCUUGAGAGGGCUAGAGUUGAGAAACCACGAUCUGAUAGGCCAAGAGCUGAGAGACUUGUUCAAGCCCCUUGUGUGCUUGAUGAAGAGAGCCUUCAAGCUUUGUUUGAUGAGCCACUAGGAAGGGCUCUAAAAGAAGGGGAGGAUGUAGCCUCUAAGGCAAGACCAGGUAUAAAAGAAAGGAUCCACCAGCUCAGGCCCCUUCAGUCAAGCCAUCUCAGCUCACAAUGA